AUGACAAACCUUCAGAAACGGCCGAAUUCUUCUUCGGCCGCCUUCCACAGCCACAACAACGGCUGCCGGCUUCAACUUAUUGAGGCUGUAUGGGAGAGGGGGGAAGAAGCCGAGACAGGCCUUCCCGAAAAAUUGUGUGCCGAGAGCGGAAAACAGCAGGAGGAAUGGGGGAGGCCGGCGAAAAGCAGGCAGAUUUCGGCCGCCGCCGUCCUCUCCGUCGGGUUGCUCGCCACAAAAAGAUUCUCCCACCGCUCCGGCGAAUACAACCAGCCGGCGGCCGUUGUCCUGCACUCUGCUUUAACGCUUUGCUAG